CGUGUAUAUGAGCCAUUUCCCUUAGAAAGUCCUCCAUGAAAGCAUUCCUCCUCUUAGGAAGAUCAAGUGCUUUGCUGUCAUCAAAUAAGCCAAAUUUAAACCUAAUUUGUAAUAUUUAUAUAUAUUAAUUAUAUAUAUGUAUAUAUAUUGUAUAUAUAUAUAUUUUAGCUUGGAGUCUGAGCCUCUUCAGGAGAACCUUAAUGAUGAAUUUCUGUGUCCUGAUUCACCUUUAAUUAUCGAAAGGGAAGAUCGACGAAAGGCAAAUCCAUUACCAUCUGGCAGAACAAUUUGCAAUAUGUCUUUUGUAAUAGUGCAGGCUAGGACAUUAGAGCAACAUUCCCUAAAUUGUAAAUUUGGAGGAUCAUUUAUUUUUAACAAAGUGAUUCGACGUGGUCUUGUCACUACAUAUAACUAUGUAUGUGAUAAAAUUUUUAGCAUCAUGGAAAUUCCGUAUAUGAGCAACUCGACCUUUGCUUCUUGUGAGCGAACUACUGGCAAAAUAAUACAGGGAUGUGCACAGGAAACUAUGUGUGCUGCUAUAGAAGAGGAGAAAAGGCAGGCAGAACUUCGCAAUGAUAAAGAUAAUGAUGGUUAUCACUGUAUAACUGUCAUUGUUGAUGGAGGUUGGUGUAAAAGAAGCUAUGGGCAUGGUUACAAUGCUUCAAGUGGCAUAUCUGUUAUUAUAGGCAUGGUCACCCAGAAAAUUUUGUUUGUUGGAAUUCGCAACAAAGUGUGCCUUAUAUGCAGUGCUAUUGAAGAUGGCAAGAUGCCAAAUAAAGUGCACCUUUGUUGGCGAAAUUGGAAUGGGCCUUCUACAGGUAUGGAAAGCAGUGCCAUUGUGGAAGGUCUGAAUUAUCUCCAGUGUGUUCACAAAAUACGUUGUACUCGACUUGUUGGAGAUGGAGAUGCUAACACAAUGGCCAAAGUGAAAGAAAGCGUUUCAUAUGGAGGACGGGUGAUCAAAGUAGAAUGUGCUAACCAUGCUGUUCGAAGAUAUCGCAGAGCUCUUGAGAAACUUCAGCAAAAUACUGCGCGCUUCCCCGGGGCUAAAGGAAUUGCUGCCCGUAAAUUGCUGAAAAUUAAAAUGCCACUGUUAGUCAGAGGUGCUAGAGUAGCUAUAAAAGCUCAUGCUUUACCUAGCCAUUAUCAGCACACACAAGAAGCUAUUGAUGCAUUAGUAUCUGACUUGAGAAAUGGGCCACAUCAUAUAUUUGGCAAGCAUGAUGCUUGUAGUGCUUUUUGUGCAAAGAAAGGUGCAGAGUUGGACAGCACAUACAAUGAAAUUUUUUCCUCGGGUAUGUUGCAAGCUAUUGAAGCAGAAGUGGGAAGAGUACUGAUAUCGUGUAGCAGUACUCUUAUUUGGAAUGCCACAAAUAAUCCUGCUGAAAGCUUCAUGAGUCAACUGUGUAAAACAUCUGGUGGAAAAAGAGUUGAUUUUUCCAAAGCUGGUGGCAUGAACAGGCGUGCGAGUAUUGCUGUCAUGGCCUAUCAAAAUCCAGCACAGCAGUGGCAAAAAAAUGCACAAAAAGCUGUAACAGGAAGUAGCCCCAGGACUCCAACUUUGAAAUUCUUAGCUUCCAGAAAUAAGCGCCAUGUAAAACGUCUUGAGAGACGUAGACUUUUUGACACUGAGAAGAAAAAGAGAAAUAUGAGGAAAGCAGGACAUAUUCAGCAAGGUGGGGAUAUUUCUUAUGGUGAUUUUCCUGAGAAACCAGACCUAUCAGAUGAAGCAUAUGAAUUGGCAGCUAAAAAUUUUUUUAUAUCAAUUGAAGUUCCAAAAAAAGAUUCUCUUGAGGCCGUAACACGUGGACAGUCAUCAUCUGAAAGAUGGCGUCAUGAAAGAUCAAGAAGAAUAUCAUCAUCCUUUUUCAAAGAUGUUGCUGAUAGGCGUCCAACAACACUCAGUGCUGCUUUAGUGAAACGUAUCAUAUAUAAUGAUAACGUUUCAACUAAAGCAUUAAAGUAUGGCUUGGCUAACGAAGCAGUAGCCUUAAAUCAAUACAAGGAAAAGCACAUGGGAAAAAACAUCAGACGUUGUGGCCUUUUUAUUGAUCCUAAAUAUCCCUUUCUUUGUACUUCGCCAGAUGGAUUGAUAGACGAAGAUGGAUUACUUGAAAUAAAAUGUCCUUAUACAGCCAGAUUCUCAGCAGACUUGUCAGACUUUUUCAGCAAGCCUAAUUCUGUUGGUCUUCGGAUGGAUGCUGAUAAUAAUCUUUAUUUACCGAAAAGCCACAAAUAUUAUUUUCAAAUUCAAGGGCAGUUAGCCAUAACAGAGAGGAAUUGGUGUGAUUUAUAUAUAUGGUGCAGAGAAGAUGCAAUCACAUUAAGAAUACCCGAAGACAAAACUUUCUGGAUCAGUUUAGUUCCAAAACUCGAAAAAUUUUACGUGAAUUGUAUUCUUCCUGAGCUUGUUGAUCCAAGAGCACCAAGAAAAAUGUCUCUUAGAGAACCGAAGUAUAUUGUUGAUGCUAGAGCACAGAAUGAGAAACAAAAACAGGCCACUGCUUCUGUAAAACAAACACAAGAAAAAAGAGAAAUUGAAAUUUCAGAAGCAGAUAAAAUUAUUUCAUCUCCUAGAAAGAAUGCAGGAGAGAAAAGAAUCAGGAAACCAAAAAUUAUUUUUGAUUUGUAAUCAGUAACAAGCCAAGCCAGCACACCGUAACAUUUUCUACGUCUGAAUAAAAACUAUGCCUGCAACAAAGCAUUAUGAUUAAAUCCAUACCUAAUUAGAAUAUUACCCCAUUUCUCUAAAAAAAUAUGUUCAAAAAGUCUCUGCUUUCAGUAAUAGAUACGUCUGAUCAAUUCUGCCAUAAUUCUGUAAUCAAUACUUGAAGCUAGAAUCUCCUGUGCUGCACUGCCAUUGCAUCUCUUUUCUGAAUGUUUCAUCAUCCACUUCUCAUUCUAAAUAUUCCUGUGUGCUUUCAUUUAUAGCUGCUAACUUGUUGUGAACAUUUUCUGCACCACAUGUUAUAUUUUGCAGUGUAAAUAAUGCGUGCAAUCAUAUAUUUUGGUUUUAAUCAUCAGUAACUUUGGUAAAACUACAUUUAUGCAAAGAAGACUUCCAUAAAGUCACAGUUUCUGUGAAAAAGAAAAUAAGUUUGAUGACCUCUGUCAUAAUUCAAUAAAUAAUUUUUUAAAAUAGCAUCACCUGUGCUGCACUAACAUUGGAAAAAAUUAAAGUCAUCUCUUUUCUGAAUGUUUCCUCAUGCACUUCUGUUUCUAAGUAUUCUUGUGUGCUUUGAUCCAUAGCUGAUAACUUGUUGAGAAUAUUUUCUGCGCCACAUAUUAUACUUCGCUAUGUAAACAAUACCUGUAAUGAUGUUUUUCGGUUUCAAUCAUCAGUAACUUCUGAAUAACCACAUGUCUGUAAAGAAAACCUCCAUAAAGUCACUGCCUCUGUAGAAAGCAAAACAAGUCUGAUAAACUCUGCCAUAAUUCAGCAGUCAUUUUUUGAAGAUAAUCUCCUGUGCUGCACUGCCACUAAUUAUUAAAGAUAACAUCGUUUCUUUUGCCCUACCGUUGCAGAAAAUGAAAAUCUUUUCUUUUCUGAAUUUGUUCUAGUACUCAUGUGGCCUGAUAUGCUUGUUCUCUAAACAUUCCUGUAUAUUUUCUGUGCAGCUGCUAACUUUUUGUGAACAUUUUCUCCACCAUACUGUAUACACCUGCUUGUAAACAGUGAUAGCCAUUAAGUGAUGUACAUCUACAUAUACUUAAUUUGAAUACAAGAAAUAAAUAUAUGUCUGAUGAACUCUGCCCUAAUUCAGUAAUC